GUACAAAGAUUGUGAGUUGUUUGCAUUCUAAAUGAGUUUCACAGUUUGAUCUAAUAGCUGUUAGAAACAAACGGAAAAAGAGUUGGCAAUUAACUUAAGGGUGAUAAUCUAGUGUUGAGCCUUAAAAACAAAAUGGCGGUUUUCCAACGACAAUAUUCAAUAAUAUUGUUAAUUCACCGACAACUUGAUCAAAUAGUCGCGUGAACGAAAAGUCAUGAACGGUUUGUCGGUGAACGAAAUGUCAAUAAAGUUUAUAUUAAUAAUAAUUAAAUAUUAUUUAUAAACUAGAUCUAGAAUCUAUAAACUAAAAAAUAAACGAAUUCAUUGUCUUGUUCCCUUAUCUUUUAUAGAGAUAGAAUAGAUCUAGGUGAGUAGGUCUAGAUGAGAUCUAAUAUACAGACGUCACGUUACUUCAGAAAAGAUGAUUACGAUUUACGUCCUACGCGUCAUGCAUUUAGUCAUGCAUAUUAACCAAUGACCAAUGACUUAAAUUCCCUUGCAAUGAAAUUGAAUAUAAUAUUUAUUUAAUACUAUACUAUCAACUAUCAUCACUAUGACUCUCUAUGUAAAGUAUAGAUAGUCACAGAUAGUUGAGAUAGUGACAGUCUCAGUCUGAGUCUAUAGUACGGUACGGAAAUAACUUUAAAUAAGUCAAAUGGAAAAUAAGAAAUUUACUAUAUAGGCCCAUAGCCAUAGGGCAAAAUUUCAAAGUUUGACAAUGACAGUGCAUUUAAAUUAUUAAAAUUUAUUUUACAAUGGUUCGACAUAGAAAAGAAAAUGAAGUAUCAAAAUCUUCUUUGACUUUGAUUCUGGACACCAUAAUUCAUUAAUUUAUUUCUGACACUGACAGUCUAUAUUUUUAUUUAGGCAUCAAUAAACUCAGAUUUUAAUUCUAUAUUUGUUGAUAUGGUGCGCAAAGGUGCACACGUUCAAUAUAAUAAAGUAUGGUUCUCCACCAUGAUUGAUACUAAUGAUGGUUGUUGUUUAUUUAUUGAUGACUGUGAACCUAGAUCUAGAUAGAUCUCUUAAUUAACAUGGUGGCAGCGGUGUAUUAAUGAUCAGAGAUCUAUCUAUGGAUGGCUGCCUGGUCGUGCGGUUUGCUCGCUGGACUGUCGUUCGGAUUUAUCGACGGUCGAGGGUUCAAACCCUGCCCGCUCCCAUCCUCCGUCGUCCUGCGGGAGGUUUAGACUAGGAAGUAAACUAUCUUCAACUCUGAAGGAACAUCCGAAACAUGUAAAACAUUUUACAAACAUCUAGAUCUAGUAGGUCUAGAUCUAAGCAUUUAACUUCAUUCAAUGUACCAAGCUCACUCCAAACAUUAACAUUGAUGUCCAAAACUGGCUGUCCGAAAUAAAUUUUGUAACAUUGUUAAUGGACCAAUUGAAGCAUUGUUGAAAUCCAUGCUGCUAGUAAAAAGUACAAGUAAAGUACCAAAUUCAAGAAUAUUUUUUAAUACAGUUAUCUGAUGAAGAAGAAGACAUCAAAGUAUCACUGAUGGCUGAUAUAGAACAGUCCAGUCUUGACCUGGGCAAUGUAAUAAAACAUGAGAAGAAAGAAAGUCUGAAUGAAAUAUGUUUAAUAACACAGUCAUGUGAACUACAAGACAUGAAAUUUUCACAUGUGAAAAUUGAAAAGACUGAAGGAGAUGAAGUAACUUCUUCUAUGCAGCCAUUUGAAGAAAACUACUGCCAUGGUCAAACUUGUAAUGUAAUCCCUGGACAUCAGGCAGAUGAUGUUCUAAAGCAGGAGAUAAAAUUGUAUUGUACUUCUGAGAGUUAUGAACCAUUGUCCUUAGCAUCAAGACUACUGGCUAUGUCAAAAAAGGCAGACAGAAACUUUUAUCCGGUGCCUAUUAUUUUGCCGAACUUAAAACUAACUGAACAUGUAUCUGUCGCAGAACUGUCAAUGAGUGAGAUGAAAAUCACAAAGCAAGAUAAAGAAAUGACUUCAACAAAUGUAUUUGUAAAGGAUAUGAAUGAUCAUAUGGAACAAAGCCUAUCCAAUGAAACUGUUUCAGAUAAGACCAAGAAUUCUACGUGCACUGAUAAUCAUCAAAUAAAUAAACUUUUCACUUGUCAAAUUUCUCAAAAAAGGUUUUCUAGCUCUAAAAUAUUACAAAAUCAUGAGUUGAUUCAUGCUGGUGAAAAAACAUUUAAAUGUCAAAUAUGUCAGAAAGAAUAUUUUCAUUCUUCCAAUUUGAAACGACACCAACAGACUCAUACUGGUGAAAAACCAUUUAAAUGUCAAAUAUGUCAGAAAGGAUUUACUCAGUCUUUUAGAUUUAAAUUCCACCAACGGAUUCAUACUGGUGAAAAAACAUUUAAAUAUCAAAUAUGUGAGAAAGGAUUUUCUCAGUCUCAAAGUUUGAAACUACACCAAUUGACUCAUACUGGUGAAAAACCAUUUAAAUGUCCAAUAUGUCAGAAAGGAUUUUCUCAGUCUCAAAGUUUGAAACUACAUCAAUUGACUCAUACUGGUGAAAAACCAUUUAAAUGUCCAAUAUGUCAGAAAGGAUUUUUUCGUUCUAGUAGUUUGAAGAAACACCAACUGACUCAUAAUGGUGAAAAACCAUUUAAAUGUCCAAUAUGUCAGAAAGGAUUUUCUCAGUCUCAAAGUUUGAAACUACACCAAUUGACUCAUACUGGUGAAAAACCAUUUCAAUGUCCAAUAUGUCAGAAAGGAUUUUUUCGUUCUAGUAGUUUGAAGAAACACCAACUGACUCAUAAUGGUGAAAAACCAUUUAAAUGUCCAAUAUGUCAGAAAGGAUUUUCUCAGUCUCAUAGUUUGAAACUCCACCAACUGACUCAUACUGGUGAAAAGCCAUUUAAAUGUCCAAUAUGUCAGAAAGGAUUUUAUCAGUCUAGUCAUUUCAAACAACACCAACUAACUCAUACUGGUCAAAAACCAUUUAAAUGUUUAAUAUGUCAGAAAGGAUUUUCUCAGUCUUAUAGGUUGAAACUCCACCAACUGACUCAUACUGGUGAAAAGCCAUUUAAAUGUCCAAUAUGUCAGAAAGGAUUUUAUAAGCCUAGUCAUUUGAAAAAACACCAACUGACUCAUACUGGUGAAAAACCAUUUAAAUGUCCAAUAUGUCAGAAAGGAUUUUCUCAUUCUAGUUAUUUGAAGAAACACCAACUGACUCAUAAUGGUGAAAAACCAUUUAAAUGUCCAAUAUGUCAGAAAGGAUUUUUUCGUUCUAGUAGUUUGAAGAAACACCAACUGACUCAUAAUGGUGAAAAACCAUUUAAAUGUCCAAUAUGUCAGAAAGGAUUUUCUCAGUCUCAAAGUUUGAAACUCCACCAACUGACUCAUACUGGUGAAAAGCCAUUUAAAUGUCCAAUAUGUCAGAAAGGAUUUUCUCAGUCUCAUAGUUUGAAACUCCACCAACUGACUCAUACUGGUGAAAAACCAUUUAAAUGUCCAAUAUGUCAGAAAGGAUUUUCUCAUUCUAGUUAUUUGAAGAAACACCAACUGACUCAUAAUGGUGAAAAACCAUUUAAAUGUCCAAUAUGUCAGAAAGGAUUUUUUCGUUCUAGUAGUUUGAAGAAACACCAACUGACUCAUAAUGGUGAAAAACCAUUUAAAUGUCCAAUAUGUCUGAAAGGAUUUACUAACUCUACUCAUUUCAAACAACACCAACUGAUUCAUACUGGCGAAAAACGAUUUAAAUGUUUAAUGUGUCAGAAAGGAUUUGCACUUUUAUAUAAUUUGAAAGUCCACCUACAGAGUCAUACUGGUGAAAAACCAUUUAAAUGUGAAACAUGUGGAAAAGUAUUCUCUCUUGCUUCAUAUUUGAAAAAACACUGCUCGGUUCAUAAAAAUGAUUUUGGGCUUUGAGAAAUCUACCUCCACCACAAGGUAUGAAAUCACAAAAGCGGGUGAUUGGACUAUUGUCCUAUUAUUUUCAAUGGAUCCCAAAUUUUUCCAGCAAGAUCCCUUUAUUAGUAAACAAAAUCUUUCCUCCCCCUGAACAAGUUAAAGAAGCUUUUUAGGCUUUGUCUUUAAGCACUGAUUUAAUCUAAUUUAUAAAUAUGUUUAUUUAGAAUGUUUUUUUUUGAUAUAUUGGAUAUGUUAUUAAAGUUCCUCCUCCUCUUUUUAUACUUGUAGAGAAAUCAAAUAAUUUAUUAUAAAACGGAGUUGUAUUUAGUCAAAUAGUUUCUUCUUGAUGUAACGGAUAUCAAUAUUAUCCUGUUCAUAUUGUGUUAUGUAAUGAUCAAAGGCCAAAGUGUGGUGGAAGUAGGAAAAAUCUUAUGAGAGAUGAGAAUGAUUAGAUUACUUUUGAUCAUGCCUCUGAUAACUUUUCUUUUGACGGCCAUCCCUCAAGAUAUCUUUACUUGUAAAUUGUUCUUACUUGAUUAUGAGUGUCAUUUCAAACCCAGAUGUAAUGUUUUAUUUUUUCUAAUAAACGCUGACUUCAAGAAAUAUGCAACAAUGGCCAAGAACUUACAAAGAAUGUUGUACAGCAAUACGAAUCUAUGGAUCGUCUUCUGUACCUUCUAUCAAUAGUCAAUCUUAUUGAUUUUAAUUAACCUGCAAAAAAAAACCUUUUUUACAUUAUCUCUAUAUCUAUAGACGUUACAUUUGUAUAUAUUUUAAAUGACAUUUUAUUAUAUUUUUAUUUAAUGAGUCAUUCUUGUUGUCAUAUAAAUGAAAAUAAAUAUAUGAAAUAUUGUUAA